UAGCUCACUUCAAUUUGGCGCUGGACACCGAGCAAAUAGCACACAAAAUCAAAUUCAAAGCGCACGUAAUAUCUAAUUGGGUGUCAAGUUUAAGUAACGAUGAGGAAAAUGAAACUACAAUUUUUAGUGGCAUUAAUGCAGUUUAUAAUGCUUUUUGGGAGACUAGAAGCCAAUUGCCCAGUUUAUUUAACCAUUUCCUUGAGCGGAAAAUCCUUGCAUGAAUCCUUUCUGGAAAUCAAUUGGGGACCCGAUUGCUUCGGCCCUCCGGACUGGGUUGGUAUUUACGGCCAAGAUCCGACCAUUUCCAAUUUCCAGCCAGAACUGCGCAUCGGUGGCAUUGCCAAUCGUACUGGAAAAAUGAUUACGCCCAUUAAGCUGGGAAAGCUUAAUUUUCCGGGAGGCUGGAACCGACAGGAUAGCAACCAGGAUCAACCUGCCACUCGGUAUCCGAAGGGGAAGUGCCUGCCACACUACGUGGCCAGUUACAACGGCACCGAGCUGCUCACGGUGGACUGCCUGAAGAUUCAGCCAAAUUGGAUGGGUCAGAUCAAGGAUAUUGGACUGAUGCCCUUGAAGAACAUCUUCUUUCCCGGGACACAUGCCUCGGGAGCCGUGAUAGGAGUCGGUUCCAAGACCAAGUCGGCACUGGUGAAGGAUUAUCUUUUGGCCCAACAAUUGGAUGUUUGGUCGCAAUUGGUUUUUGGCAUUCGCUAUUUGGAUAUAAGUGUGGGCUACAAGUAUAUGGACAGCAACAAUGAUGCCGACAACUUCUGGAUAGCCAAUGAGAACAUGUUCAUCACUCCUCUGGUGGGGGUUUUGCGGGAUGUGAGGGAUUUUGUGAAGCGAUCUGGAGAGCUGGUGGUGCUCGAUUUUAGCAGUUUCCCCAUUGGCUUCUACAAGCACCCGGAAGUCUACAGUUCCUUGUAUCACCUUCUCCGCCGGGAGCUGGGCGAGGUGGCCUACAAUCCCAGUGCCACCAUGGAGGUGCAAUGUGCCCAUCGGUAUGUGGAGGAACUACUUCAGGCGGGAAUGCGUGUGGUGAUUCUGUUUCCCAAACAGGAACUUCCACAUCCUGAAAAUGAAUCCAAUGUGUUGUGUGUUCCUUGGCAACGAUUCAGCACCAGUUACAUGAACAUCUCCCAGACCCUGGACUAUAUGCGUCUCUUAUUUAGCAAGAAGAAGGAUUCUCCUGUCCAGGAAAAUGGUUGGAUAUUCACGGCAGUUCGUGGACUAGAGCAGACGCUUAAUUCACACAAGAUGCUAACGGCCAAGGAGCGGGCAGAGGUCCUCAAUCCCAAGGUGAAUCGAUGGCUCAAAGGACCCUGGGGCAAAAACGCCAAUGUGGUGUCUAUGGACUUCUUCAGCAAUACGAAUAUAGUGGAUUUGGCCAUUCAAGUAACGACUCACAAGGCCUUUGUUAUGGCUAACGUAGAUUUUAUUAAUCUCGAAAUUUUUAGUUGAAUUUUUAAUAUUUUCUAAUCAUGUAUUUUGCAUAUUUUGUUCAGUGUAUUGAAAAGAGUUGGCAGCUCUAUGUUUAGUUUAAACACAAACCAUCUAAUAAGAAAGCAAUUAGUCUGGAUCCAAACCAAAGCACAGCUUUAGCAAAGAAACCAACCCAAAAAUAGACCGUUAAGUAAAAUAAACUAAAUUGUGUUUUAAGAGAUUUUUUAAUAAAUAAAUUAGAAUUUGUAA